AAGGUUCAUGGUCAAAUAGAAUCCAACAUGGCUGCUCACAUGUCCAGAUUGAGGGGAUGGAGUCGAGCGCAGAGGUAUGGCAUCGCAGUAUGUAGACCUUACAGCAGUGGCAGUGCGUAUCCGAAUGUGUCCCUGUCCACACCGCUGCCCGGGAUCCCCAAACCUCUCUUUGCUUCUGUGGACGGCCAUGAGAAACACGAGACUAAAAUCACCACCUUAGAAAACGGACUCAAAGUUGCAUCGCAGAACAAAUUUGGUCAAUUCUGUACGGUUGGAAUUUUAGUAAAUUCAGGUUCACGUCAUGAAGCUAAAUAUCCCAGUGGAAUUGCACACUUUUUGGAAAAGCUUUCCUUUUCUUCUACAGCCCAGUUUGGAAGUAAAGAUGAAAUUCUCCUAACACUUGAGAAACAUGGAGGCAUAUGUGACUGCCAAACAUCCAGAGACACAACAAUGUAUGCGGUUUCAGCUGAAGUGAAGGGUCUGGAAACUGUGGUGAACCUCCUGUCAGAUGCAGUUCUACAGCCUCGUUUACUUGAUGAGGAGAUUGAGAUGACCAGAAUGGCUGUUCGGUUUGAGUUGGAGGAUCUGAACAUGAGACCUGACCCGGAGCCUUUACUAACAGAAAUGAUUCAUGCAGCAGCAUACAGGGGCAACACCGUGGGCCUGCCUCGCUUCUGCCCUGCCAACAAUGUUGACAAGAUCGACAAGAAGCUCCUUCAUAAGUACCUGCAGAGCUAUUACUGCCCGGAGCGCAUGGUGCUGGCCGGGGUUGGGAUUGAACAUGAACAGCUUGUUCAGUGUGCCAGGAAGUAUCUCCUAAAUGUUAAACCUGUAUGGGGCUUGAGCACACCUGCCAACGUCGACCUGUCUGUAGCACAAUACACGGGCGGCAUUGUUAAGACGGAGAAGGACAUGUCCGACGUGAGUUUGGGUCCGACACCCAUUCCUGAACUAACGCACAUCAUGAUUGGGCUGGAGAGCUGCUCUUUUUUGGAGGAUGACUUCAUCCCCUUUGCAGUCCUCAAUAUGAUGAUGGGAGGUGGAGGGUCCUUCUCUGCCGGAGGGCCAGGAAAAGGCAUGUUCACUCGUCUCUACCUUAAUGUGCUCAACAGGCAUCACUGGAUGUACAAUGCGACUUCGUACCACCACAGCUAUGAAGAUAGUGGUCUUCUGUGUAUCCAUGCAAGUGCAGACCCUAGACAGGUGCGAGAAAUGGUGGAGAUCAUUACAAGGGAGUUUAUUCAGAUGACUGGGACAGCAGGAGACAUGGAGCUAGAAAGAGCCAAGACACAACUGAAAUCCAUGCUCAUGAUGAACCUGGAGUCUCGACCUGUUGUUUUUGAAGACGUGGGUCGACAAGUACUCGCGACAGGCAAGAGGAAGCUCCCGCAUGAGCUGUGUGAGCUUAUCAGUAAUGUUACGGCCAGUGACAUCAAGAGAGUUACAGCGAAAAUGCUGCGUAGUAAGCCUGCGGUAGCUGCGUUGGGAGAUCUUACGGAGCUGCCCUCGUACGAGGACAUUCAAGCCGCGCUCUCGAGUAAAGAUGGACGUCUGCCUCGCAUAUACCGCCUGUUCCGAUAGUGGACCGACGGCUGACACCAUCUAGAGACAAAUAGGAGCACUGACCAACAAAUAUUAUUCUCAACUGGAAUUUAAGUGCAAUGCUUAGGACUGUCUGUGGUUGCAUUUCAUCUAUAUAGUGAUGUAUGCUACAGUCAUUUAUUCACCUUCAUGUCAUUCCAAAACUGUAGACUUUCUUAAUGUCUUAAGGUUGCUGUGUUUGGUUCCCAAUGUUUUUCAAAAUAUCAUAUUUUCUGUUACGCAGAAGAAAGAGGGUCAAAUAGGCUUUGAAUGACAUGAGAGUGAGUAAAUGACCGUAUUUUCAUUUUUGUGUGGAGAAUUUUAAAUGCUGAUUUUGAUGGCUGUUCAAUUCCACUCACCCACAUUCAUUUUUUUUUUUUUUUUUUUUUUUUGCAUGAUUUUUUGAACCCACCAUGUGAUUUCUAUCGUUUUGGCUCAAUAAGUGGACUUUGCUUUUGAGCUGUGCUCUUGUGUAAAACUGGGCAAAACAGAAAGAAAUUCCUCACAUUACAUAGCAUUGUCUUUUCACAACACUCUAUAAAACUCUUAUCUUUUAGUUAGUUUUAGGUAGUAAAAUAUUUAAUCAGAAUGACUGACUGUGCACUUUCCAUAGCAGUGAAAACCGACCCAUCAACAAAUGGUCGACUCUAAAGUAUACAUAAGCCCCACUGCUCUUGCUAAAUCACUGUUAACAUGACCCCCAACCCAAUUAUUGUCAUUACCCCUUUAUUGCCCUAAAAUAACAUAUUUAUUUUAUUCCCUUGCACUUCUUCAGUUUACAGUUAUAUUUUUUCCAUUUCUGUUCAUUAUAGUGGCAAUGGGUGAAUCUGACAUCCCUUGGGAAAAAAUAAAGUUUGAUCUUUUCUA